GUGUCUUGGUUGCCCGCCCGCCGUUCUUACGAGAUAACAUUAUCUUCCUUCCCGAUGACUACGAUGACCACAUCCUCACAGCCCCUACCCCCAGCUGAAUUAGCUGUCAUUGCUGGUACAGCCCUACGGAUGACAAUGAUCGGACUCGUUUUUGACUGCCUCGUCUGUGGAAUGGCAAUACCUCUCACCAUCUGUCAGAGUGAUCUCAAUGGCAAUGCAGGCAAGCCAAUGGCUCGGCACGGACAUUGCGGAUUCCUCAAAUGGUUUCCCGAGCUUCUCCGUUUUCCAGAUAUCAUGUCACGGUUGCCAGCUACAAGUCCCCGCCUUUUCGGAGCAUCUCCAUCUUCUGCUGUGCCUGCCGGUAUGCAGGUGUCCUCUCUUGGCGCGGGAUUUUCCACGCUGCCAGUGUCUCAAGGGAAGAGAACGCGCAAACGUGGUCCUGAUUGUGCCCGAGAUGAUUGUCGACGUCCUAGCGCUCUCCGAUGUCCAGACGCCAAAUGUGCUGCGCAUUGCAUCGAGGAUGGGGGGUGUCUGAUCCACCAGGCACCCACAUCGGACCAAGACACAUGCCGUCGUGAAGAGCUUGACCUGCCGUCACAGAUUGAUGCUGAAGGCUUUGGGUAUUACGACCUUCACAAGGCCCUGUCGGCCUCUCUUGAGGGCCGAGAAGUGCCAACACCCCUUCCUACUCACGUCCCAUCCAUACACGACAUUCUGACGGCUCCCCCACCCCUUGCAAGUGGUUCCAUGCAACCACUCCGGCCGCAUCAUACUACUCUGCCAAUGGCGACUCCGGUUGCAAAGAUGUCCAAGCCUCCGCGUAUAACUAGCCAGCUUGACCCAAUGUGGGAGAAAGAUCUUCGUCAGUAUGCACAGGACGACAUCGAGAGCAAGCGUAUAGCCGAACGACGAAAGGAAAUCGAACGAAAAUCCAAGCAGCGGUUCGUAUUGAACUGGUUUGAUGCGGACUACGCUCCCGUCAAACGGCAAUGGGUUUCGGACUGCAAAUACUUUCCGUUCUAUCAGCUGGUUGAUGAUGCAGAACUGGUCGCUUCUCUUGGUGACAGCAUUACGAAGAUCGAGGUCUUCGAGGACCGUCUGAAGCAGUGGAUACCUGCAUCCCUUUCGCACCCACAUCAGGAAAACAUCGAGUUCCUUUUUAUCCCUUAUUUGCUUCUUAUUUGCCCUUAUUUACCUUAAUUCACACUUAAAACCUCCUUAGAAUAAAUAAUUCUAAGGAGAUCCAUCGCCUUAAACCAAGGAGCUUUCCCCGAAACC